GAUACUAUUGCCAGUAAUGGACAGAAUGAGAAUAAUGAGAAUCUGUUUAUUAACAAUGAAAGGUAUGACCAUACUAACGAAGGGGAGCAUUUUUUACUUCCUAGUUCAAACUCACGUUCGCCUAAAAUAGCUGUAGAAUAUAUUAGGAGAUCUGACAUGGGCCGGUACAAUCCAGCUCUGAGAAAUCUUAUACCCAUACGGCAUGAAAAACCAGAUAAAGAUAGUAUGCCAGCAGACAGCGCUGGAUUAUUUUCAUAUGUUUUUUACACUUGGAUAACACCUUAUAUAUGGAAAGCAUAUAAGAAGGGUAUUACCAUAGAUGAUAUACCGCGUAUUUCAUCCUACGAAACGUGCAGAUAUAAUGCACAUAGAUUAGAGUUACUUUGGCAAGAAGAAAUAAGCAGACGUGGUCCACGUUUGGCGUCUUUUCGGAUGGUUGCUUGGCGAUUUGUGCGAACGAGAAUAUGCAUAGCUUGGUUCUUAUUAACUUGUACUACAAUCUGUGGAUUUAUAAGUCCUAUGAUAGUAAUGAAAAAAGUAUUGGAACAUAUUCAAUCUCCAGAAGAAGAUGCAUGGGUAGGCGUGAAAUGGGUACUGUUAUUAAUAUGUUGUGAUCUCUUGCGGAUGUUAUUUUUCACUUGGACCUGGAAUACGAACAUUAGAACGGCGCUAAGGUUGAAAUCCGCGUGUACCACUCUUUUAUACAAGAAAAUAAUUAGAUUAAAUAGCCUUGGAAAUAAAAGUACUGGAGAGUUAAUUAAUUUAUUUACGAACGAUAGUCAAAGACUUUUCGAUGUGGUUAUUUAUGGACCAAUGAUAAUCAAUGGUCCAAUAAUCAUGAUCUGUGGUAUCAUUUAUAUAUUCUGGGUGCUGAGCCCGUUAGCCCUUCUCGGAACGUUCGCUUUUCUUGUAUUCUAUCCUUGUCAGUAUUUUAUUUCUCGUGUAGUUGGACACUUUCGAUCGAAGACAGUUGUCAUUACAGAUAUACGUGUGAAACUGAUGAACGAAAUACUAGAAUGUAUAAAAUUAAUUAAAAUGUGUUCAUGGGAGAAGUACUUUAGCCGUAAACUUCUUGAUAUACGAAAGAAGGAAGAGUACUGGUUACAUAAGACUGUAUACUUUCAAAGCCUUGCUAUUUCUUUAACGCCGGCUGUACCUGUGAUAUCAGCAAUUAUUACAUUUUUAGCUCAUUUAUCGUCGGGCAGUAGCUUAACUGCCGCUCAGGCUUUCCCAGUUACAACAUUUUUUGGAAUUAUGCUGAGAUUGGUACUCGUCUCGAUUAAGGAUUCCACACGAUAUUUUUUCGACGCUCGUAUUGCCUUUAGAAGAUUCAAGGUGUUUCCCUUCGUAUCAUUACUCAAUUCUCAAUUUCGAUCCUCUUUUAUGUUUUUACAAGUGGCCUUAGUUUAUAUCGCUGAGUCAAAGAUAACACUCAACAGACUGCAGAAUGUAUUGGUUUUAGAAGAACAUACAUGCCACGUAUCGAAACCAAUUGUGAAAUCCCAAGCAGUGGCCAUUGCUAAUGGUACAUUCGUUUAUGAAAAUUCCAGUUUGCACACCGAUAAGUCAAAAAGUACCGAUAGUAGAAGGAAAAAUGAAUCCUCACUCCCUGGUAACAAAGUUGAGUUGGAAAAACUGACUGAAUCUUCGAAGAGGGCACAAUAUGUGGAAGUACUUUCUGAUAUUAAAUUUGGGGCAGCAAAGGGUGGACUGAUAGGAAUUUGUGGCCAAGUAGGAAGUGGAAAGUCUAGUCUACUACUGGCCGCCUUGGGUCAGCUGAAAAUGACCCAUGGACACCUUUUGAGGGAAGGCACGUGUGCCUAUGUUAGUCAGCAAGCAUGGAUCGUUAAUACAACGCUCAGGGAAAAUAUAUUAUUUGGGAACCAGUUCGAUGCUAAACGAUAUUAUCAGGCGGUUACAGUAUGUAACUUGAAAGAGGAUAUAAAUAUGUUGCCCGGUGGGGAUGACACUGAGAUUGGCGAGAGGGGUAUAAACCUUUCUGGAGGUCAAAAGCAAAGGGUUGCUCUUGCCAGAGCAUUUUAUGCGAACCGAGAUAUUUAUUUCUUGGACGAUCCAUUAAGCGCAGUCGAUGUGCACGUGGGAUCCUAUAUCUUUAAGAGUUUAAUUCUUGGAGCACUCAAGGAGAAAUGUGUCCUUUUUGUGACGCAUCAGGUUCAAUUUCUCAAACACUGCGAUCAAAUCUGCUUGAUGAGUAAUGGUAAAAUAAUCGAACAAGGUACACACGAUGAAUUGAUGGAGAUAAACAAGGAAUACACUGUAAUGGUGAACAGUUCACUGCUGAAGACUGAGGACGAUGGAAAAGAACAAUCCUCCACGGUUGGUCAAAUAAAAGGUAGGAAUGCCAGCGAUGAUUUAAAAACACCGGUUAUUGGAUACAACUCCAUGAACAGUCAUGAGAAUAGUGAGACGUCGAAGAGAAUGCAUGGAGGAGGAGGGGCAUCGCUAACCACGGAAGAGAAGGUAGAAACAGGCACAGUGAAACCACAUACGUAUCACUUGUACGUAAAAUCAGCAGGUGGUUAUUUUGUUGCCCUUGUAGUAUUUUUCACGCUUUUCCUGAACGUGGGAAGCUCUGCGUUUAGUUCUUGGUGGUUAGCCACGUGGAUUAAUGCUGGUGGUGGAAAUAUCACUGACCCCAAAACCAAUGAAACUAUGUUCUCGGACAACUUAAACGAUAAUCCGAAUUUUACGUAUUACCAAAAUAUUUAUGGUGCUUGCGUUGGAGCCAUUCUAUUCACGAGUCUGUUGCGUGGUUUAACAAUUACAUACACUACAAUAACCGCCUCAACGACGUUGCAUAAUAAAGUUUUCAAGAAAAUGAUCGAAUCCACGUUAACUUUCUUCGAGACCACUCCCAGUGGUAGAAUACAAAAUAUUUUCAGUCGUGAUGUAGACGAAGUUGACAGUUAUAUACCGAUCUCUGUGGAAAAUAUGGUGCAAAAUUUCUUCACGUGUAGUUUUGCAAUCAUUUUUAUAUGCGCAAUCGUACCGUGGUUCACGUUACCGUUAAUUCUUCUCAGUGCCAUAUUCUUUUACAUUAGUAAAGUCUUCAGAGUAGCAAUGAGAGAUUUUAAAAGAAUGGAGAGUACUUCGAGGUCGCCCGUUUUAAGUUUCGUUACAACUACCGUGCACGGUUUGAACACCAUUCACGCGUUUCAGAAGGAGAAAGCUUUUACGAACAAAUUCGAGGAACUGUUGGACUUGAACAAUUUGUGCGUUUACCUGUGUCAGUCAGCCAUGAGGUGGUCCGCGGCAAGACUGGACAGUUUAGCGAUCGCUUCCUCCUCCAUCACGGCCUUUCUUGUGAUUGCGCUUAGAUAUCAAAUAUCACCAGCCCUCGCUGGUUUGGCGAUGGCCUAUUCCACGCAAAUGACUGGUGUCUUCCAAUACACCGUACGACUGAUGGCGGAGACAGAAACACGUUUCAUAAGUGUCGAACGAAUCAGCCACUAUUUGAGAACCUUGCAAAAAGAAGGUGUCCUCAACAAAUCGCCUGUAAGUCCUUCCGACGAGUGGCCGGCACACGGAAAACUGGAGUUUCAUAAAGUUCAGUUGAGUUACAGAACAGAACUGGCCCCAGUAUUACAUAAUAUUUCGUUUACCAUUAACGCCGGAGAACAUAUAGGUAUCGUUGGAAGAACAGGGGCUGGAAAAAGUUCCCUUAUCGUUGCCCUGUUUCGGUUGGUCGAAAUCUCUGCGGGAAAGAUUAAAAUCGAUGGCGUAGACAUAGCGAAAAUGAACCUGGAAUCGUUGAGAAGUAAACUUUCCAUAAUUCCUCAGGAUCCUGUUCUGUUCAGUGGAACUGUAAGGUCAAAUUUAGACCCGUUUAAACAGUACAACGACUCAGACAUUUGGAAUGCUUUAGAGAAAACUCAACUGAGAGAGAAGGUAAAACAGAUGCCAGGGCAAUUAGAUGCGUCUGUUGAAGUUGGAGGGAAUAACCUCAGUGUCGGCGAAAGGCAACUUCUUUGUUUGACCAGAGCUGUUCUACGCAACACUAAAAUAAUGAUUUUGGACGAAGCAACGGCCUCUGUCGAUCCAGAAACAGAAGUGGCUGUGCAAACCACAAUACAAAAUGAAUUCUCUAAUUGCACCGUGUUAAUAAUCGCUCAUCGUUUAAAGACCGUAGUCUCGUGCGAUCGUAUCAUUGUUAUGCAAAACGGGCAGAUAAUUGAAUUCGAUGGACCGUCCACGCUCUUAUCCAAUCCGGACUCCGAAUUCGCAAAAAUGAUGGCUUCGGCAGACAAAGCCAUCAAAGAAUCAUAACUGGGCCAAUAUAUCGAUGCUAGUAUUACAAUUAAUAAGUAUUGAUAACAACAUUAAAAGUAUUUUGUUAUAACACAAUUUUUAAUGAAGCGAAGUUUAACAGCCAAGUAAUUCCGCGUAUUUUCUAACGAC